AAAACACUUGUUGCAAUGAGCAUUAGUCUGUAAGCCUCAGUGGAUCAUCUUUCCUUCACCAUUUCUUACACCAUGCGCUGUCUUCACUUUCUUUGUGUAUGUCUGCGCGUCUUUCUGUAUCUGAACUGUAUCUGUAUCUUAACGAGGAGAAGACACAGACGGCAAAUUACUGACAGCUUUCAACAGUAAUGGUCAGACUGCGUAAUCUACAGUUCUGUUUGGGUGUAACUGUUGGGAUUAGUGCGACUUUCACUGUACUUGUCAUGAGGUGGAGCUGGACGUCGAUACCUGACACAGGCCAGGAGUCUCACUUUAAAAGAGGUACUUCUAAUAACUCUUGCCCUUGUUCAAGUGUAACAGAUGAUUAUAAUAUCGCUCAAGAACUUUUCCAGAAAGUGCGAAUAGUUUGCUGGAUAAUGACAUCUCCUACAAAUUUACAAAGCCGAGCUAUUCAUGUGAAAAAUACUUGGACCAAACGCUGUAACGUCGUACUCUUCAUGAGCUCUGUCCAAAACGCCAGUUUCCCAACCAUUGGCCUCAACGUGAGCGAGGGUAGGUCUCAUCUGACAGCCAAGACAAUGAAGGCGUUCAAAUACCUUUACGACAAUCAUUUAGAAGACGCUGAUUGGUUUCUUAAAGCAGAUGACGACACUUACGUCAUCAUGGAGAAUCUGCGAUACCUUCUUUCAGAGGAGAACCCAAAAGAGGCCAUCUACUUCGGGGCACGCUUUAAAGCCUAUGUUAAGCAGGGCUACACCAGCGGAGGAGGUGGUUAUGUCAUCAGCAAGGAGGCCCUCAGACGCAUCGGUUCUGAGGGUUUCCUUGACAAAAGAGUAUGUACAGUGGACGGUGGCCCAGAGGAUGUUCAGAUCGGUUUGUGUUUGCAAAAUUUGGGAGUUCGGCUCAAGCCAAGUUUGGAUGUCAGGGGCAGAACACGAUUUCACUGCUUCAAACCGGAGGAUGUCGUGACAGCAAAGUUUCCCAAAUGGUAUUAUAACUUCGACUUUGAUCACGGAAAGGGGGGGAUGGACAACAUCAGCGACUAUGCCAUCAGUUUCCACUACGUCAAAGGGGACACGAUGUACGCCCUUGAAUACUUUAUCUACCACUUACGUCCUUAUGGUAUCCCGAAUAGAGCACAGACUUUAAACGUUCAAACAUAGUGUAGAGUUCGAUGUCAAAAGUCUGUCCGUGAACUAUUCGAUGUUGAUUUGAACAAAGUCUUGGUAGCAAUAAUAAACUAUUUCUUUUUU